GGGCUGCGAGCGGGGAGCUGGGCUGCACAAACGCGCAGGUUUCACUUCGCUCCGCGCCGCCUCCAGGUCUUGAGCUCCUCUGACCGCUCUGAUCCGUAUCGCCGCUACCGCCGCCGCCGGGUCCUCUCAGACGUCUGGCGCGCCCUGCCCACUGAGGCCAGCAUUGCCUGGGGCUGUUCGGUUCACCCCGUCCCCGCCGCCACAACCUCAGCGCCUUCCCCUGGCCCGCGCCCCCCCAAUGUCUGACUCUGACUCUCGGACUGAGAAACGCAAGAAAAAAAGACCAAAUGGCCAAGCAACCUUCUGAUGUAAGUUCUGAGUGUGACAGAGAAGGUGGACAAUUACAGCCCACGGAGAGGCCUCCUCAGCUCAGGCCCGGGGCCCCCAGCUCCGUACAGAUAGAGCCACAAGGUAAUCCUGAAGGCGAAGGGGACCGCUGCCCCCACGGCAGCCCUCAGGGCCCGCUGGCCCCACCGGCCAGCCCCGGGCCUUUUGCUACCAGAUCCCCGCUUUUCAUCUUUGUGAGAAGAUCCUCCCUGCUGUCUCGAUCCUCCAGUGGGUAUUUCUCUUUUGACACAGACAGGAGCCCAGCACCCAUGAGUUGUGACAAAUCAACACAAACCCCGAGUCCUCCUUGCCAGGCCUUCAACCAUUAUCUCAAUGCAAUGGCAUGGCUACUAGCAGAAUGUCAAAUGCGACCCGGGGCUGGCUUUGUGUGCCAGCUGGACGGGCGGGCCCUGCAGACGGAGGAGCCGGCCUCUGCCGUGGUGCCUUAGCAGCCGGACCUGACUCUUCCCACUCACAUCACAUCAUUUCCAUGAAACUUCCUCCUCUGGUGGCUUUUGUUGACUUAGGAGAGUGAAAGUAAUUAACCUCAUUUUAUAAACAUCUUAAGUAUUCAUAAGCAUAGGCGUAUGCAUUUCAUUUUACCUCUUUAAACCCAUGGUACAUGCAGGCUUUGAAAAGGUGGAAGGUGGGAUGGUUUGGUUCCUCGGGCCCCUCAGGGCCACCCUGGAGCCUGGGAUAGUCUGCUUUGUGAAGACUCAGAUCCUGCCUUCACUAGUGUAGACUCUUUGUAGGUCCCGAAGGGGAUAGAAAGUGACGAAAGUUUUCUUUACUGGUUCCAAAUAAAAUUUAGUGAUUGAUAACUGUGUAGACAGUUUAUAUCUUUUUUAAAAACACCCUUUAUUUUGAGAUAAUUAUAGAUUCCCAUGCACUUGUAAAAUAUAAUGCAGUGCGCCUGUGUAACUUUUACCCAAUUUCCCAUCGUGACAAUGCCUUGCAUAGCACUAUAGUGUCCACAGCCCAUAAAUGGCUUUGGUAGAAUCCAGCUACCUUGUUCCGAUUUUACCAGUGGGUGUGUAUUAACUUCAGUGUGAUUUGUUACACACAUGGGUCUGUGUCACCACCGCCACGAUCAAGAUCCUGAGUCGCUUCAUCCCAAGCCUACUCUUGGGCUUUUAUAGCCACAGCCUCCUCCCUCCCGGUCCCUGACCGCUGACAAACACUGAUCUGUUUUACGUACCUACCCUGUCAUUUCACGUGUGCUGUAGAAAUAGCAUCACACUCUCCGUGAGCUUUUGGGUUUGGCUAUUGUUACUCGGCGACAUUCCUGUGAUCCACCCGAGAGCUGUGUGCCAGUGGUGGCUUGGUGGUCAUACCUGAGGAGUACCCCACAGUGUGGGUGCACCAGUGUUCCUGUGGGUCUGUCAAAGACCUGUAGCUUGUCUUUCACCCUCUUCAUCGAGCGAAGGUUUUUACUUUCGAUGCAGCCCAGUUCAUCGGUUUUUCUUUUCACGGGUCAUGUUUCUGGUGUGCAAUCUUCAUCAAGCCCCAGGUCCCAAAGACUUUCGCCUCGUCUCUUUUUUCUAAAGGUUUUGUAGUUUGCGAAUGACAUUUAGAUCUGUGAUUCACAUUGAAUUAAUUUGUGUGUAAGGUGUGAGGUUUAGACCAGUGUUUGUUCUUUCCAGCACCGUCUCUUAACAAGGUUAUCCACUGUCCGUCUAACUGCUUUUGUACCUUUGUCAGAAUCAGUGGGCACGUUUGUGUGGGUCUGUUUCAGGAUUCUGUUUUGUGGUCCUCCGCCAACACCACACCGCCAUUACUGCUGUGGUUAUAUGCUAGGCCAUGGUAGUAGAGUGACGCCUCACUUUUUAUUCAGUAUUUUCCAAAAUUGGUUAGCCUGUGCCCUAUGCCUUCUCGUGUAAAUUCUUGACUAAGCUUAUUUGUGCCUUUAAAACCACUGCUGGGCUUUUGAUAGGAAUUAUGUUAAAACUACAGAUCAGUUUAGGGGCAAAUGUCCAUCUUUAGUAUGUUACAUCUUCCAAUCCAUACACAGACAGGUUUCUCUAAGUAUUUAGGUCUGUAGGUUUUAUAAUUUUCAGCAUGCAAGUCUUACACAUGUUUUGUUAGAUUUCAUUUACUUUGGAGCAGUCAUUCGUGGUAUUGUAUUUUUAAUUUUUGUUUCCACAUGUUCACUUUUCGUAUAUAGGAAUGUAAUUCAUUUUUGUGUGUUGAUCUUGUGUCCUGCAGCCUUGCUGAACUCAUUAAUUCUAAAGGUUUUGUUUGUAAAUUUCUUGGGCAUCCUAUCUUGACAGUCAUGUAAUCUGCAAAUAAAGACAAUUUUAUUUCUUCCUUUCUGACCUCUGUGCAUUUUAUUUCUGUUUGCACUGCGGGGACUCGUAGUGCUGUGUUGAGUAAGAGUGGUGAGAGCAAACAUCCUUGCCUUUUUCUCAGUCACAGAAGGAGAACUUCUAGUCUAACCAUUAAGUACCCGGUUAACUAUAGGAAUCUUGUAGAUGCUUUUUAAAAAGAUGAAGUUUCUCUUUAUUUCUUGAUUACUGAGUUGUUUUUUUCAUGGAUGGAAAGGGUGCUAGAUUUUGUAAAAUGUUUAUUCUUGCAUGAGUUGAUAUGGUCAUAUGAGUUUACUUAAUGUGAGUCUUUGUUCAGGUGCAUUAUUACAUCGCUUGCUUCUCAGCAUUAAUUACCUUGCAUGCCUGGGACAAACUCUACUUGGUCGGGGCAAUUUUUUUCAUACAUUGUGUGCGUGUGUGCGUGUGUGUGUGUGUGUACGUGUACGUGUGUUACUGCAGUUGAGUUGUCUCCGACUCCUGGUGACUCCACGAAUGAGCGAUGUCCUCUGUGUCCUAGACUGGCAGCCCCGCCCAGCAGCUGUAGACUCAGGCCUGUGGCUUUGUUAAUGGAGUCUAUCCUUCUCGUAUGUGGCCUUCCCCUUCUCCUGCUGCCUUCUGUUUUUCCCAGCAUUAUUGUCUUCCAAAGAGCCUGCCUUCUCUUGAUGUGCCUGAAGUAGGACAGCUUCAGCUUUGUCAUACGUGCCUCCAAUGACGUUUCAGGCUUAAUUUGCUCUAGGACCCACUUGUCCAUCUUUUUGGUGGUCCAGGGUAACCAUAGAGCUCCCCUCCAACACCGUGUUUCAGAUGAAUUCCUUGUUUUCCGUCAGCCUUCUUCCCUGUCCAGCUUUUGCGUCUGUACCUAUUGAUUGGGGAUACGAGGGCGUGGAUGGUCUCAGCCUGGACUCUAAUGACGCAUCUUUGCCCUUGAAGAUCUUUCUUAAUUCUCCCAUCGCUGCCCUUCCUGGUCUCAGCCUUCUCUUGAUUUCCUGGCUGCAAUUUCUAUUUAAACGGAUGACUGACACAAGGUGAGCAAAGUGUAUAACAAUUUCCGUCUUCGUUGUCUAGGCUGAAGGUGUGUGUUGCUUCUGUAGUCUUGGUUGUCAUCUUCUUGGUGCUCAGAUGCAGUCCUGCUUUGACUCUCACUUUCAUUAGAAGUUGUUUUAAGUUAUUGGUUAUUUUCCCACCAAUUUCCACUCUUCCUCUGCCUCCGGCCCCUUUCUUCCUUGCCGACUUUCUGUCUAGUAGUUCUGUCAGUUGUGAGUGCAGUGUUGAAAUCACCAACUAUAAGGGUGAAUUUGUCUUUUUCCUUUAAAGUCCAUCAGAUUUUGCUUCAUGUGUUUUGAGACACUGUCUGGUGCUGAGAAUCGUCCUGUCUUCCUGCUUAAUUGAUCCUUUUAUCAUUGCUGUAAAAGCCUCUUUACCUGAUACUGAUGUAGUCACUCCUGCUUUUUGUAAAAAACAAAAAAACAACUGUGUUAAUGUUUA